CUUUCUCUUUCUCCCUCCAUCCUUUUGUGUAUCUCUGCUCCUCCGUCUUUGACAUUGCUUCGAUCCAUGGAGGGAGAACAGAUCAUCGGAUCAUAUACAUGAUUCUUUAUUACAGAUUGAUUGAUUGAUUGAUUGAUUGUUUUAACAUAUAUUUGAUUUACAAAACCCUAACAAUUGUAAUUCUUUGUAACCCCAAUGCAUUGGUCUUCAAGAAAGUCUUUGUCGGUAAAUCCUAUUGUUGGGACCGAGUCGUCAUAUGAUCGCAACGGAGGGUCUGAUGGUGAACGAUCUUUUCUUAUUUUCAGAGGAAUUUCUUUUAGGUGUCAGUUCUGAUUCUAGGGUUUCCAGAAGGGUCUGUAGAGGCGACGAUGCAGCUUCACUUCUCACCUGGCAUGAGAAGUAUCACAAUAUCGAGCACCAAUGGGUUUAUUGACUUGAUGAAGAUCAAGGUCGCAGCUCGCCAUAUCUCUUACCGCACACUCUUCCACACGAUCUUAAUAUUAGCUUUUCUGUUGCCUUUUGUCUUCAUUCUCACUGCUGUUGUCACCCUUGAAGGCGUCAACAAGUGCUCCUCACUAGAUUGUUUAGGUAGACGGUUGGGACCCAAGCUUCUUGGUAGGGUUGAUGAUUCAGGGCAAAGGCUGGUUAGAGAUUUACAUAAGAUUCUCAAUCAAGUUGGCACUGAGGAAAUCCCAGAUAGCCUAAAACUACCAGAGUCAUACAGUCAACUUGUUUUGGAACUGAAAAAGAAGAAAUACAAUGCAAAAGAAUUUUCCAUGAUUUUAAAAGGGAUGAUGGAAAGAUAUGAAAAGCAGGUGAAGGAGUCAAAAUAUGCAGAAUUGGUGAAUAAACACUUUGCCGCAAGUUCCAUUCCCAGAGGCAUUCACUGUCUCUCCCUGCGUCUGACUGAUGAAUACUCUUCUAAUGCUCAUGCUCGUAGACAGUUGCCUUCACCAGAAUUACUCCCAUCGCUCUCAGACAACACGUGCAACCACUUUGUCUUGUCUACUGAUAAUAUUCUAGCGGCUUCUGUUGUGGUUACAUCUGCUAUUCGGUCGUUCACAAAGCCUGAAAAGAUAGUUUUUCAUGUUAUCACAGAUAAGAAAACUUACGCGGGCAUGCACUCAUGGUUUGCAUUGAAUCCUGUCUCGCCAGCUGUUCUUGAAGUAAAAAGUGUUAAUCAGUUUGAAUGGUUAACAAGAGAGAAUGUACCUGUGCUUGAAGCUGUUGAAAAUCAUAAUACUAUCAGAAAUUACUACCAUGGGAAUCAUAUGGCUGGGGCUAAUCUAAGUGAGACCACUCCAAGGUCACUUGCUUCGAAAUUGCAGGCUAGAAGCCCCAAGUACAUUUCACUGCUAAACCAUCUUCGCAUAUACUUGCCUGAGUUGUUCCCUAACCUUGACAAAGUGGUUUUCUUAGAUGACGAUGUUGUAAUUCAGCGCGACCUCUCUCCUCUAUGGGAAAUUGACCUACAUGGAAAGGUUAAUGGAGCUGUUGAGACUUGUAGGGGUGAAGAUGAAUGGGUAAUGUCAAAGAGAUUCAAGAAUUACUUCAACUUUUCGCAUCCCCUCAUAGCAGGUCAUUUGAAUCCUGAUGAAUGUGCAUGGGCUUAUGGGAUGAAUAUAUUAGAUUUACGGGAAUGGAGAAAGACAAAUAUAAGAGAGACAUAUCAUGUGUGGCUAAAGGAGAAUCUGAAGUGGAACCUGACAAUGUGGAAGCUAGGAACCCUUCCACCAGCGCUGAUUGCAUUUAGAGGUCAUGUACAACCGAUCGACCCAUCUUGGCACAUGCUAGGUUUAGGGUAUCAGAACAAAACCAAUCAUGAGAACGUUAAAAGAGCUGCAGUUAUACACUAUAAUGGCCAGUCAAAACCAUGGCUGCAGAUAGGCAUUGAACAUUUGCGACCGUUUUGGACCAAGUAUGUCAAUUACUCCAACGAUUUUAUUAGGAAUUGCCACAUAUUGGAGUAGUUACUCUCAACCAAAGGAACUUAUACAGCAAAGAUGGCAACAUAUUAAAUCUUAUUACCUUUUUCGAUUCAAGGAUAAUCUCGAUACAUGCUUGAGACUGGGAAAAAAAAGAGGGGAGCUAAAUUGGUUUCAUUGUUCAUGGGUAUAACCAUUCAUUCUUUAGAUAUUGUAAUAUAGCCAGUAUAAGAGUUUCCUUUUUUGGGUUAAAUGCACAUUUUUGUGGGGUAUUCACCACUGCCAACAAAAUAAUGGGGGAAAUCAGAUGGUGUCAUACAAAGCAGUUAUUUCAAGUGAGGAAUGAUUUUCAUCACAUAAAAAAAACAUCAGUUUCAUAUGUUGUGUAUUUCAUUAUUUUCCUUCCAUUCUUAACUCUUGUGUGCAUUUUCAUUUGUUCACUGGAUUCUUCUAUAUGCUUCAAUCACAUGAACAUUAGAUUUUAGAGAUGAAUCUGUUAUGGAUAUAUCCCUAUUGAAAUGGGUAUUAGAUUUUA